AUGGAGGCUGCUCAGACUUUUCUGAAGACGACAAAACCCGGCAAACCCAAGCAAAAUCCUGAUGCUGAUCUGGUAACCACAGGGGUGCUUAAAACUCUGCUAGCGGAUUUGCAGACCAACAUCCUGGCGGAUGUCACCGCACUAAGGGGCGAGCUGCAGGGCCUGACGAGCCGUAUGGCGGUACUGGAGGGCACCACUCAGGAAUACCAGCGAACUAUCGCCACGAUGCAAAAUGACAUAAGAGACUUAAGCCACAAAAACAGACUGCUCGAACGGCGCCUAGAUGCACAGGAAGACACGAGGAGAAGCUCUUCUUCUUCUACAUUCCUUCUCCUCUUCCCUAGUGAUAGGAAUGUAGUUGUUGUGGUUUUGCGUUUCCCUAUAACAUGUGAGUUCAAAAAAUCCUCUUCCUUUGAGGUAUCAGCUGGUGGCUAUUCAGUAGAAAGUCUUUUAGCUCCUCCACCGUCCGUAAACUCACAGAGAACCAGUCUGAGGAAGUUUUCUAACUCUUCAGCAACGACUGAACAGACAGCCGAACCACCACCUGACACAAAUGCAGUAAAUGACGUGAAUAGAAAAACUGCAAAUACUGUGGUACUGGAUUUGUUAACUUCGUUAAUGGAACCUGCUGAUUUAAUUAUUAAUGGCCAAACCGUAGCUGAGCGCGACACUUUAAAUGGAAUGAUGGUGGAGCAUCUCAGAAACUAUAAAGAGGAUGUUAGGAAUGCACAGAUUGAAAUAUUUGGACAAGAGAUGGAAUUGAAUGAAUUAGACAAUAUAAAAGAACCUAAGAAAACAGAUUUAGCAAAUAAAUUAUCACUGGAAAUAAAAAGAAGAGCUGAAGCCCGUUACAUAGCAUCACGCAAAGCAAGAGAAAAAAAAAUUACUGAGACUGUUACUUACACAAAUACAAUGUAACCUUUAAUACAUAUUUUCUAGUUCGCAAUAAACUAUGAUUAAUUAUUUAA